CCUCCUUGCAGCGAUGGUCAUGGCGAGCUGUGAUCUAAACAUCACUGAGCGAGGCGUUUUUAAAACGGUUUUGAGGCGUAUUUCACGUUUAAAAGAUGGGUGUAAUGCGGCACGUCGUGUGCGCCAUGUCCGGUGGUGUUGACAGCUCUGUGGCGGCGUUGCUGCUGAAAAAAAGAGGUUACAGUGUGACUGGGGUCUUCAUGAAGAACUGGGACUCUCUGGAUGAAAGUGGAAGCUGCUCUGCGGAGAGAGACUGUGAGGACGCCCACCGAGUGUGCCAGACUCUGGGCAUGCCCUUCCACCAAGUGUCCUACGUCAAAGAAUACUGGAAUGAGGUCUUCAGUAAUCUGUUGAAGGAAUAUGAGAAAGGUCGCACACCAAAUCCAGAUAUUCUCUGCAACAAGUACAUCAAGUUUAACCACUUCCACCAGUAUGUCAUUAACACCCUUGGAGCUGAUGCCAUGGCGACAGGUCACUAUGCUCGGACGUCACAGGAGGACGAAGAGGUUUUCCAGCAGAAACAUGCUCCGGCAGAGACGUCACUGUUCAGGCACAGAUUUGAGCAGAGAAACCCGGUGCGUCUGUGUCAGGGGGCCGAUCGGGUCAAGGACCAGACCUUCUUCCUGAGCCAGAUCUCUCAGCACGCUCUGAGGCAGACUCUGUUCCCGCUGGCCGGACUUACCAAAGACUUUGUGAAGAAGAUAGCGGCUGAAGCGGGUUUCCAUCAUGUGCUGAAGAAGAAGGAGAGCAUGGGCAUCUGCUUCAUCGGUGAGAGGAACUUCGAGAACUUCAUUUUGGAGUAUCUGGAGCCAAAGCCUGGAAAUUUUGUCUCAGUUGAGGAUGGGAAGGUGAUGGGAUCGCACAGAGGCUGGUUCACCGUGACUCUGGGUCAGAGGGCUCGGAUUGGAGGGCUGAGAGAUCCCUGGUUCAUUGUGGACAAAGACAUAACCACUGGAGAUGUCUUUGUGGCUCCGACCACGAAUCACCCUGCUCUUUUCCGGGACACUAUCCGCACCGAUCGCUUCCAUUGGAUCACCGUGGACCCACCUGCUGACCUGAUCAGAACCAAGAUGAUGGAGUGUCACUUCCGCUUCAUCCACCAGAUGGCGCUGAUUCCGUGCACUGUGACGCUAAACAUGGACGGGUCCGUCUGGAUCUCACUGUCACAGCCAAUCAGAGCACUCACACCUGGACAGUUCGCAGUGCUGUACAGAGGAGACGAGUGUCUGGGCAGUGGAAAGAUCAUCCAGCUGGGACCCAGCGAGUUCACACUGCAGCGAGGGCGUCAGGCUGCUCGGCUCAGAGACACCACAGACUCCACGGAACCUCCCAGCUGACACCAGUGAAGAACCUCCUUGCUGUGUCAGCAGUUUUUUUUUUUUUUUAAUGAAGUCUAUUUAAAAGUCUUUUAUCAUCCCCGUGAAAGAAACAAGAGACUCUUCCAUAGAUUAGAAUCUUCAGCUAUGCAAGCAGUUUGUCUCUGCAGUGUGUAAAUAAAGUCUGUCACGGA